AACACUGCUUUAGAUCCGGUCCACUCCCAAUCCCAACUCACGGCACAACCGCCGACCCCCGAGCAGCCGCAGAAAGUCAAGCCCACCCAUGUAACCCCACCCAUCGCAGUCAUUAGAACUCCUCCCCCAACUUCUUACACCACCCCAUCUUCCACUGUCACUACGGUAACCACACACACAGGCUCCGCCUCCAGUAGCGCAACUUCCUCAAGUGGACCUACGCCCUCAUUUUCCUCCUCCUGGUCUUCAUCGUCCCCUUCCACAUCUACGGCUCAGAUGAAUGGCACUCUGGAACACCAUGAGGUAGGCAGAGUUAAACGGAACCCAGCGUCCACAGCGACUCCUCCACUAACCACUUGCCGGCUCCCGCUUCGAAAGACGUACCGUGAGAACAUCAGUCCACGUCGCAGGCCAGGAGUACCAGGAGGAGGUGGAGAUACGUUGCCCAUUCUACCAGCAGUACCCCCUAUUACUUCUUCCCCCCAGCCACAAGGUUCCUCUCCUCAAACUGAACGGACUGUGAUAGCCAGCGUGAAACUAGAGAGGCAGGGCGGACAUGGGCGGUCUCACCCCCAUUCAGAGACUCAGAGCCUCGCGGCAGUAGAGGAUGUCCUCUACCGUGGCAUCAAAAAUGCGUACCAACAUCACCGAGAGUUCUCUGACAAAGAGGAUGAGGACAAGGCAGAGGAAGGUGGCCGUUUGGGGCGGUUGAAGGGCAUAGGGAGCAAAAACCGAGAGGGAGGAAGGGGUACCUUUAGGAUGGAUCAGCAUGCCCCUGGCCCACCUUCUCCUGGAGAG